AUGGCAGCACUAGCAAUAACAGCGUUUGCUCUCUUCCUUCUUUGUGUCUCUGAUUUUUCUCCGGUCUCCGCUAAAGGGGGAUUCACCAUUGACCUAAUUCACCGUGACUCACCUCGCUCUCCAUUCUAUAACCCUUCAGAAACUCCAUCUCAACGCUUGAAGAAUUCCUUUCGCCGUUCCUUCGGCCGCCUCAGUCAUUUCAACCCAACAGCUUCCUCUUUUGGACCUAACCAGGCCGAGUCCACUAUAAUCAACAACCAAGGUGAGUACCUCAUGGAGUUGUCUAUCGGAACACCGCCGGUUUCAAUCAAGGCCAUCGCCGACACUGGCAGUGACCUCAUCUGGACACAAUGCAAGCCUUGUGUUAACUGUUUCACGCAAGCCGAUCCUAUUUUCGAUCCCUCACAAUCUUCUACUUACAAAACCAUUCCCUGCUCAUCAGACCAAUGCACGGCGCUACAGGGGACGUGCCCCGCCGCGGGGAGUGGUUCGAGUUCAGCUUGCCAGUACGUAGUGAACUAUGGUGAUCGGUCACACACAAAAGGAGACAUGGCAGUGGAUACUCUAACCCUGGCUUCCACUACCGGCAGAGACGUUCCGUUCCCGAACAUCAUUAUCGGCUGUGGCCACGACAAUGCUGGAACCUUUGAUAAACACGGUUCUGGCAUAGUAGGACUUGGAGGGGGUGACCAGUCACUCAUUACCCAAUUUGGUAAUUCAAUCGAAGGAAAAUUUUCGUAUUGCUUGGUCCCUUUUGCCUCGGCAGGUGAACAAACAAGCAAGUUGAACUUUGGUGACAAUGCUGUGUUUUCCGGCACUGGCGUUGUGACCACAUCCAUCGUCCAAGAUCAAUCCCAGAAAACCUUCUUCUUCUUGACCUUGGAGGCUAUUAGCGUCGGCGACACGAAGAUUUCCUUCUCAUCAUCAUCAUCAUCUGCAGCCUCUGGUAACGGCAACAUUAUAAUCGACUCCGGUACCACGCUAACCUUACUGGAGCAGUCUUUCUACUCAAACUUAGAAGGAGCAGUCGACAAAGUUGUUGGCGGGGAACGCGUGACUAUCCCGGAGGUUCCAAUGCCUCUUUGCUAUAAGGUGAGUCAAUCUGGGGAUUUGAAUGUGCCAAAUAUUACUGUGCAUUUCAGUGGCGCAGAUGUGGUGUUGGAGCCAAAGAACACCUUUGUAAAGGUGAGCGACGAGGCUACGUGCUUUGCCUUUGCUCCGUCGGAGAGUCUUUCGAUCUAUGGGAACCUAGCGCAGGCGGGUUUCUUGGUGGGAUAUGACGUUAAUCAGAAGACCGUGUCUUUCAAGCCAACUGGUGAUUGCACCAAGGUCUAA